CGCACUGCGUUUUGCUUUGCGUUGCGUGUUCUUGGUUGACCAAUAAGUGAUCGUUGCAGUUAAACAGCGCAAUUUACAUUAUUAGAUUUAAAGUUACAAGUUUUCGGUGAAAUUUCAUGACGCACUUAUUAAAUCGUAGUAAUAACAGUUCCGUUAUGGAUGACGAAUACCAUAAGCUAACCGCGGAACUUGACGCUAGGGAAGUACUGCAGUACUUAAACCAUCUAGGAAUUCAAAAUAUAAGCGGAGAGGUUUUGAAACACUUUAUCACAGAUUUAAAGAAAUUAAUCAAGUAUGACCUUCAGCAGAAAUAUGCAUCUGAUCAUGAGAACAUUCCAACACAAGGUCCGGAAAGGCUACACAGUGCUAGUACAUUUUCAUCCAGAAUUAGAUCUCGAAUGUCGGAUAGCACAGAUUUGAAAUGUAAUAGAGAUUGCCUGAGUAGAAGAAAGGCAUUGCAUGUCCGCAAUAUACAGUCUGCUCCUAACAUUCAACAGACAGUGCCCGACGAGAAACCGUUAAGAAGGGCUUGCUCUUGUGUCCAAGUUGAGAAGAAGGAGUCUACAUCCAGCCAUACGAAAACAACUAAUACCACCUCAAACAAUAAUAUAAUAAGAGUAGUAAAGCCACCAGCAGUGAAGAAAUGUGAUCCCGUAAACCUGUAUCAUUAUUACACAUCACUCUGGGAGAAGUACAAGCCCAAUGUUCCCGGUGAAAAUAACUGGUCUGACUUGAGGUGGAGUGUGAGACAGAAAAUGGCAGGUCAGACCAGCCAAACAAAUAAUAAAAUAAGCAAGAUUCCGGAUAAUCCCAAAAUAUUGGAUAAAUGACAGAUAUUUUUUAACAUCAAUUUAUCUGUGGAAUCCAGCCUAUAUUAACAAUAAAGUUGAUGUAAAGUAGCAAAUAUGUAUUGCUAAUAUUGUUUAGCCCCUCGUAUGCUUAGACAGGGAUCUGUGCAUGGGAACUUAAAUCCAUUGUAUUGGGACACGUUUAGGGGGGGGGGGGGUCAAUGAGAC